GAAACUCCAAGAUUUCACUUCUUUGAUCCUUUUUUAGCAUGAAUGUCAUCCACGAGACCGAAUUGUCACCUAAUGAAAUCUCAGCGACUGCUGAGAAAAAGAGAGCACGACGGAAAGGGCGGGGUAUAGUCCGUUUCGGUGAUGAAGAUUUCACCAUUCAAGAAACCGAAGAUCUUCUGGACACGUACGAGAAGGCGUCAUUUGGAGAAGUGUGCACCGCAUGCUGUUUUCGAUCGGAAAUUGAAUGGCUAUGGAUGCUGUUGGCUGUUAUAAUCUUGGUCGGUUCUCUGUAUUGGCUAGUUUUCGGUCUGACGCUUCUCGGAGAUGCGGCCAAAGUCUUGGCAGGUUGUGGAGCAGGGAAACUCUUUGAUUCGGACUCCAACCCCUUGAGUGCGUUGAUGGUCGGCAUUAUUGCCACAGUGUUAAUGCAAAGCAGCAGCACAACCACCACCGUGAUUGUUUCGCUCACUGAGGCACGCGCCAUAAGCGUGGCCCAGGGUAUCUACAUGGUUAUGGGUGCCAACGUGGGAACCACAGUCACUUCGACGAUCGUUUCUUUGGCCCAAAUGGGGAAAAGCGCCGAGCUGGACCGGUCGUUCGCAGCUGCCACAUUACAUGACGUCUUCAACAUCUUUACUGUGGCAAUCCUGUUUCCAGUGGAAUGCGCCACGGGAUAUUUACAGCAUCUUACCGGAGCCCUUGCCGAGGGGGCUGAGACUGGUAGAAGAGACCAUUUCGAAGGACCGAUAAAGAAAUUUGUUAGUCCAUUGUCUGCUCGUCUCUUGACCAGCAACAAAAAACUCAUUGUUGGCGUUGCGAACGGAAAAACAUGCGACGACUACUACCCGAUUCAUUGCGAUGAAGGAGCAGAGCCUAGCUUCGCAACGUGUAAAGUUGGACUGAUUGGCUGCUAUGAGAGUACCGGGCGCUGCCCUGUACUCUUUCGCGAGUCUGCUUCUCGCACUCAGGAUCAAGUAGCCGGAGCCGUCUCUUUUGUUAUUGCUUUGAUCAUACUGUUUGUUUCCAUGCUGUCCAUGGUUUUUGCUGUUCAGAAGCUUUUGUUCGGGUUGUCCACCAAGGUAGUGCAUACGGUUACCACCUGCAACGGAUACAUCGGAUUCCUUGUCGGUAUCGGAAUUACGAUGAUCACACAGAGCUCAAGCAUUACGACUUCGGUUCUUGUUCCGUUCGCUGGUGUCGGGGCUCUUCGAUUAGAGCAGGUCUAUCCUCUCGUCUUGGGUGCGAAUAUGGGAACUGCCGUUCAGGCAGUUGUCAGUAGUUUGGAUGCUGUCGGCACCGAUCCUCUUCAGGUAGCCCUUGCACAUUUGUUUUUUAACUUGACGGGUUUUCUGAUUUGGUAUCCGCUUCCGCCACUUCGAAACAUUCCAUUUUUUGCGGCACGUCGACUCGGGAAGAACGCAGGGAUCUGGCGGAUGUUUCCUUUAUGCUACAUUGUCCUGGUAUUUUGCCUGUUGCCGCUUUUCUUCUGGGGUUUGUCGUCCCUAUACGAGAACGGAAGUGCAGGAUUGCUUGCAUUUGCAGUGCUACUAACUCUUGUUGCGGGUUUUGCCUUGGCCUUGUUGAUGUUUUGGUGCAACUUCCGUAAUGGGCAAUCAAAAUUUCACUCGAUUUUGGACCGUUUGAGCCAUAGAAACGACAAGCCGUCGCAAACCUACGAUGCGGAGGGCAAUUUUGAUAUUGAUGCUGACGGAGAUAACGUCUCUGGCGAGAAAGAUACCGUUGAAAAUCCGUGA